AAUGCUUUCCCAAUCCAUCUAUAUAAAGGCAGAGCUACAAAAACUAGGGUAUAAAAAGCAGAUCUCAUUCUCCCUCUUCCGAACCUCAACGACCAGAAAAAAAAAACAGGUCUUUCAUGGCGACGUUCGAGUUGUACCGUAGGUCAACAAUUGGAAUGUGUUUGACAGAAACAUUGGAUGAGAUGGUUUCAAGUGGGAUUCUUGGCCCUGAGCUUGCUAUCCAAGUGCUUGUUCAGUUUGACAAGUCAAUGGCUGAAGCACUGGACACUCAGGUUAAGACCAAGGUGUCAAUUAAGGGGCAUUUGCACACGUACAGAUUCUGUGACAACGUGUGGACUUUCAUUCUUCAAGACGCACUCUUCAAGUACGAUGAAUUUCAGGAAAAUGUUGGACGAGUUAAGAUAGUGGCAUGUGACUCAAAGCUGCUUGUUCAGUGAGAUCUGUUUGUCUCUAUGGUUUUCAAGGUAAAUUUUAGUGUAGAACAAAUGUGGUGGUUGUUCCUCUGUUGUAUCUCUUGGAACAGAGUGAAUUUGAAACUAUUUGCUCAGAUAAUACUCAGUUGUGUGAGAUCUAAUUGGAGUUCCGUUUCUUGCUUUAAAUUGUUUUCUCCAUUUUGGCA